GGUUAGGUUUUACCAAAACCGCUGUUGCACUGAGUUGCACCUGCAAUUGCGAUUGGGAAUAAGGUUUCCGCUUGACGGAAGACUACGAUUGGGGAUGAUUGGGGGGAAGGAAAGUAUUCAGAUUCUGGGUUAAUCUUGAAUCUUUCUGGUGGAUACGCAAGUGCUCGGAGGAUCUGAUUAUCAACCUUCCAGGAUUUAAAGAAUGAAUUGAACAAGAUAAGCUUUUGGACAAGAGGUUACAUUUGAGUCUAUCUCUUGAUCAGACUUUUGUCUUAUGCAACUUGUAUGUGCUAAGGAUUUGAGGUAUUUAUACACAUCUGUUACUUUGUUAAAAGGCAGCUUGUGAUGAAUUUACAAUUUCAAUUAUUGUUGGGGUUUUGUGAUGAAUUUAAAAUUCAACUAUGCUUGUAUUUUAGGGGUAGUAACAUAUUCAUUAACACCUUUAUUGGAUUAGAAGUUGAAUUUAUGUUCGUGAUUCAGUAAUAUAGUGCUAUAAUUCAAUGUGCUAUUGAGGCACUAAAUGAAGCAAUACAUAGUUGCGUAGAGCUUUUUUAUACACUUUGCUACUUUGUGAUGUUUUCAAUUCUUAGUUGCCUAAAGGUCUCUCUGUUUGCAAUUGAAAUUCCUUGGUGAGAAUUUAGAGGAAGUCCAAUUUGCUCAAACUGUAUUGUUCACAAGGCACCCUGAGAGGACAGAUUAGAAAUUCUACUUUUGUUGAUGACGUGGUAAUUUGCAAGAGAUGAAAGGUUGACUUGAAAUAGAGCCAGUCUCUUAACUAUACGUACCAAAUUAGUAGAUGAAGUUUCUUUUAGUAGCUCUAUCUUAAAGUUGUAAAUAUAUUGUUCUCUUUUGUUGUACUAUCUGGAAGGCCAUCAGUGACAUUAUGGAGGCAACGAAAUUCCCCUCACAAUAUGUUAAGUGGGUACAGUUCUGUAUUUCUAGCACAACCUAUACACUGAUGAUCAAUGGUGAGAGUUUUGGCUACUUUAAGGGUGGCAAAGGCAUUAGACAAGGUGAUCCCUUAUCCCCCCUUCUAUUUACGCAAGUAAUGGAAUACUUAACUAGAACACUCACCUAUUAUGCUGGUAUAAGUAAGUUUAAGUACCAUCCAAUGUGCAAAGGACUGAACAUUAUUAGCUUGGCGUUUGCUGGUGACCUUAUUGUGGCUUGUAAGGCUGAUAUGGAUUCAAUCAAAAUGAUUCUCAGUUGUUUGGAACACUUCAAGAAUGUUACUGGGAUGGAAGUGAAUUACAAUAAACCUCGAAUGGUCUUAGGGGGUGUCAGUGAGGAAGAGGCUAGGGAAUUUCUGAGGCUAGCAAGAAUGAGCAGAGGUGAUCUCCCGUUCAAAUAUCUGGGAGGACCUAUAACAGCUAGCAGAAUCACAGAGAGAGAUUGUGAAGCCCUAGUCCAAAAACUGACUUCAAGAAUAACAGUUUGGGCCACCAAACAUCUGUCCUAUGCAGGGAGAUAUAAAUUAAUCAAUUCUGUACUGUUAGGGAUCAUCUCUUUUUGGUGUAGGCUUUUCAUCAUACCCAACAAAGUGAUGCAGAAGAUUCAGAGUUUGUGUAGAAACUUUCUUUGGAGCUCCAAAGCUGAGUACAAUAGAGUUCCAGCUGUAUCCUGGGAAGAUGUUUGCUGGCCCAAAAAGGAAGGGGGUCUGGGAAUCAAAAAUUUGGUGCUGUGGAACUAUGCUUGUGGCCAGAGUCUCCUAUGGGACAUUGCAAAUAAAAAGGAUAUACUAUGGGUCAAAUGGAUUCACAAUAGGUACCUCAAGGGGACUACAAUAUGGGACAUCAAAGUUAAGCCUGGAAUGUGUUACUAUCUGAGGAAAAUUCUCCAGAAUAGAAGGAUGUUUGAAGAUAUGAUUAUUGGGGGGAAUUAUGAAAUUCAAAAGGGUUAUGAGUUGCUAAUGGGUGUCAGCACUGAAUUCCAGGCAUAUCAAAUAGUAUGGAACAAAUUAACAGCUCCAAAACACCAGUUUCUGAGCUGGCUAGGAUGGAGGAACAGGAUCAGUACCAAAGUCAGAUCGAAUAAGUUCAUGGAUAUAGACACUAAUUGUGUACUGUGCCCCAAUGGAGAGGAAGAUAAAAACCAUCUAUUUUAUACAUGUCCUUAUACUAGGGAUAUUAAGGAAGAGAUUGGACAAUGGUUACAGUUUAGAUGGAAGGCCAACAAUGAUGAAGAAAUGAAAGAAGAAAUUAAACGCAUUAAAGGGAGGAAACAUAGACAAAUAAUUCUGGCUGGUUUCGCAGCCAUAUGCUAUGCAGUGUGGAAGGCACGCAACCACAAAAUUAAACAGCAAAGGAGUAUCUCAACUGGAGAAAGCAAAGAGUGGAUUAAGUUUCAGUUGGAAACAUACAUAAACAACAAGCUUAGGAAUAUGGUGUUGUGUUGAGUUCCUGGAAACCAGUAGCCUUGUAUUAGCUGUUGUGUUUCUAUAGUUGUUGGUUCCAGGAAAGCAGUAGCCUGUAUUAGCUUUUAUGGUUCUGAAGUUGUUUGUUUGAUGUCUGUUGCGGUGGUGAAUAAAAUUUAUGUGCAUUU